GAUGCUAUCACCGCCUACUCUCCUCUCUUGUUCAGUUGUUCCACUCCUACUCCCACAGUCCGCCGGCUCCGAUCCCAACUCCACCCAUGGCGCUCUCCAUCUCCACGCCCACCUCCUCCUCCCUCCUUCCGGCCUCCCGUCAGGUGGGCAGGUGGAGUCCAUUGGCGCGGUCGGCUAAGCCUGUGCCUUUCAGCCUCUGGAGGUCGCCUCUGGCGGCGCGGUCCGCCGCCGGCAGCGCACCAGCUUCCCCCGUCGACGAGGUCGUCACUGAGCUCGACGCGGUGGCCGGCUUCAGCGAGAUCGUGCCGGACACCGUCGUGUUCGAUGAUUUCGAGAGGUUCGCACCCACAGCGGCCACGGUGAGCUCCUCGCUGCUGCUUGGGAUCUCUGGGCUCCCGGAUACCAAGUUCAAGAGUGCGAUAGAUACUGCACUGGCAGAUGGUGAGUGCAACGCGUUGGAGAAGCCCGAGGACAGGCUGUCCUGUUACCUCACCAAGGCCCUGGCAAACGUUGGUGCUGAACUGGCUCAGCAAGUCCCUGGACGCGUUUCGACUGAAAUAGAUGCUCGGUUGGCUUAUGACACCCAGGGCAUUAUCCAGAGGGUGCAUGAACUGAUAAAUCUAUACAACCAACAUGAUGUCUCAACUGAUCGCCUGCUAUUCAAAAUUCCUGCUACAUGGCAAGGUAUAGAGGCCUCAAGAUUGCUUGAAUCUGAUGGAAUUCAAACACAUUUAACAUUCGUGUACAGUUUCGCACAAGCAGCGGCCGCAGCACAAGCUGGUGCAUCUGUUGUGCAGAUAUUUGUGGGGCGGUUGCGGGAUUGGGCAAGGAAUCACUCUGGUGACCCAGAGAUAGAUGAAACUUUGCAGAAGGGAGAAGAUGCUGGCCUUGCUUUGGCUAAGAAAGUAUAUGCCUAUAUUCACAGAAAUGGGUAUAAAACAAAGUUGAUGGCUGCUGCCAUACGGAACAAGCAGGAUGUGUUCAGCCUUCUUGGGAUUGAUUACAUCAUUGCACCUCUGAAGAUACUGCAGUCUCUGGAAGAAUCUGUCACUGAUCCUGAUGUGAAGUACGGUUAUGUCCCAAAGUUGACUCCUGCUAUUGGGAAGACAUAUGAGUUCACUGAAGAGGAGCUUUUGAAGUGGGACCAGUUGAGUCUUGCAGCUGCGAUGGGGCCAGCCGCUGAAGAACUACUUGCUUCAGGAUUGGAGGGAUAUGUGAACCAAGCAAGGCGUGUUGAGGAGCUCUUCGGGAAGAUCUGGCCACCUCCAAAUGUUUAAAGAUGCCUUUCUGGGCCUCGGUUUUCAGUUCAAAAGAGCCAAUAACAACAGGCAAGGGCCGUGCUAUCCGGGCAUUGGCCUUCCUGCUUCGAAGAACACUUCUCUUGCCUGUCACCGGUUCCCCAAUGUGAUUUACCAAGCAGUCUCAAAAUGUUGUGUAAAAAACAUAUUUGCUUCUUUUGGAUACGAUACGAUGCGAGUGUUGAAUUAGUCUGCUUAUGUGUAUUGUGCGUUUUGUGAUUCAGUUGAUAUGCUGGACUGAUCAGAACUUGUCACUUGAUAUUCCCAGCAAUGUCAGAAUCCAAUAUCCCACAUCACCUGAA